AAAAUGUUGCUUAAUUGUAUUAGACAAAGGCCAGUAACUACUUGGAGAUCAGAUUAUGGUUGUGAUAUUAAUGAAGUAUUUUCUAUGCCUUUUGGGGAUGAUUUGUGUGAACGUUGUAUUCAAAUUAAAUCAGAAAAAAUAAAUGAAGGAGAAAGGAAAAUGAAGACAAAUCGAAGAAUUUUAAAUAAAGGUAAAUAA